GUUUGUAAGGUUAUGUUCCAAUAUUUACAUCAAUCAUGCUGUCACUGCUGACUGCGGUGUGCUCUAUCGAAUCUAUUUACUUUUAUUAAAUUUUUCAAUUAAAAAUCAGCAAAUUUGUGUCGUUUACGUCCCAGUGAUAUUGUAAAUGUGCUGAACUGUGUCGUCCACAAAAAACUACAUUUAAAAGCAUCGUUUUCCAUUCGAUCUGCAGUUUUUUGGGUUAGUUAUGAAAAUCGUGCCGCUCUACUUGGUUCCUAUUGUAAGAUUUAAUUGAUUCUAACGGAAUAGAAAAACAAGAAAAAUUGAAAAAUGCCUGUACCGGCCGUUGGCACUCCAUCGGAAUUACCACUGGUGAGUCCGAAUAGUGAAAUCGUCCCACCGUUCCCCAACGAAAAUGGCAAUGAUAAAGUGCAGAUGAAAAAGCAAUUGGGAUUACUGGAAGGUGUUUCGAUCAUAUUGGGAAUUAUACUCGGAUCAGGAAUCUUUAUAUCACCCAAGGGCGUAAUAAAAGAAGUGAAUUCAGUUGGUGCAUCAUUGCUAAUAUGGAUAACAUGUGGCUUACUAUCGAUGAUCGGUGCAUUAUGUUAUGCAGAAUUGGGAACGUCUAUUCUGACGUCAGGUGGUGAUUAUGCCUACAUUCUCGAAGCAUUCGGUUCGUUACCGGCUUUUUUAUAUCUGUGGGAUGCCAUGUUCAUUUUUGUUCCUACAACAAACGCCAUCAUGGGUCUGACGGUAGCAAAUUAUAUUCUGCAACCAUUCUUUCCCGGUGACUGUGGGGUACCGACAUUGGCCGCACAGCUCAUGGCAGCUGCGUUAAUAUGUUUCCUUACAUUUGUCAAUUGCUACGAUGUGAAAUCAACCACCAAAAUGCAGAAUGUAUUCAUGUUCACCAAAAUCGGCGCUCUGGUGUUGGUGAUAAUAUUGGGAGUGUAUUGGAUGGCUAUUGGCAACACAAGCAAUUUUAACGAACCAUUUGCUGAUACUGAAACCGAUCCCGGCAAAAUUUCCAUCGCAUUUUAUUCUGGAAUAUUUUCGUAUGCCGGAUGGAACUACCUCAACUUUAUGACUGAAGAACUGCGUGAUCCAUAUAAAAAUCUACCUCGAGCAAUUUAUAUAUCAUUACCGCUGGUUACAGUUAUUUACGUAUUCGCAAACAUGGCAUAUUGUGCCGUACUGAAUUCACAACAGAUGAUUGCGUCUGAUGCCAUUGCUGUGACAUUCGGCAACGAAGUACUCAGUUACGGUCAAUGGAUUAUUCCAGUCUUGGUGGCCAUAUCGGCAUUCGGUGGCUUAUCCGUGCACAUUAUGACUUCAUCCCGAAUGUGCUUUGUCGGUGCUCGUAACGGUCACAUGCCAACAAUUUUGUCGCACAUCAACAUCGAUAAAUAUACUCCAACGCCAUCGUUGGUCUUCCUUUGCAUUUUGUCGCUGAUUAUGGUUUGCAUACCAGACGUGUAUGUGCUAAUUACGUACAGUAGCAUAGUGGAAUCAUUUUUCAUAAUGGUAUCGGUAUCCGGGGUGCUGUACUUUAGAUGGAAAAGACCGGAUAUGAUCCGGCCCAUAAAAUUACCGUUGAUCGUUCCAAUCGUUUUUAUCGUAAUUUGCGCGUUUCUCAUCGUUGUACCGUGCUACGUGGCACCAUAUGAAGUUGGAAUGGGUGUGCUGAUAACUGUUCUUGGAAUACCCGUUUAUCUAGUCGGAGUGGUGUGGCGCAAUAAACCCGAGUGGUUAAACUCAGCCAUACGGUCCGUUACGUUCUCAUGCCAAAGACUUUUUAUGUCGGCCAAAGAGGAGCAAGACUAAUUUGGACUCGCUUCGUAUCUCUGUUUUCAUUAAUGAGUUUUUUUUACUUAAUUUUAUUAUUUAUACUUAAAAUGAUUGUAUUUUUGCUACUCAUUAGCUAAGUAGUUGGAUAAGUUGUGGAAUUAUGAAUCUCCGUUUUUUGCAACAGUUCUGUCUGACUAUAUGUUCGACUAGUUUUUUUAAAAAUUCGUUUUGCGACGAUCGGUAAAAAAACAAACAAAUUUCUCAACUUUUAGCAAGGAUUUUAUUGUGUUACCAUCAUUCGAAUAACAUUUUAUGUCUAAGUUAAUCUUUAAGUUUUGAACUAGCGAAGAAAUUAUUAUUUUUAAUUAGGUUUAAGGCACACGUCUAACGUUAUCAGAUAAUAUGCUUACCCAUCCCGAAAGAUAUUUUAAGAACUCAGUAUUUAAGUAGGUUUAAUUCGUUUUUAAAACCAAUCUCAAUGCAUUGUUUCAUGUUAUUAUGAUGAAUGUUGAGUUCAUCCUGUCGGUUCUCCUUCAUUUUUUUUCUUCAUUUUAAAAAUCUAAUGUCUGCGUACAAUUUCAUGCUAAAAAUAGUUUUUUAUCAA